AUGGGCAUGGCGGGCUUCCUGCCCGGCCUGGCGGCCGCAACACACCCGUCCGGCUUCCCCCAGUGGGCGGCCGGCGGGGACCUCCUCUCGCCGUUCACCAUCUGGGUCUUCGGCGCGAUCUUCGGCUUCAUGUGCGCGCGGUUCUUGGGGAUCCUGGCGGGCGACAGCGCCGCCUGGCUGCCCUCUCCACCGGGCUCGGGUGUCCGGCGCGCGGCGCUGCUGCUGCACGGCAUGGUCAUCGCAAGGGACAUUUGGUGCAACCACACCAAGAGGGGCACCUUUCGACGCUGCUGUCGAGAACUGUGGCGGUGGGUGGAGGAGAGGUGGUUCGGGCGGCCGGCGGCGAAAACCUCGCGCGGCCUCCGGGCCCCCCUGGGUGCGGUGGCCGAGCAGGCCGCGGGAACCGACGAGGCGUGGUGUGUGGCUGAAAACGACUUGAAAUUCUUUAAGACGAGAAUGGAAAAUCGCGAUCCUGGAGACUGGAAACAAUUCUGCCAGAAGGAGUUGCCUGGAGAGCUCACCUUUUCUGCUUGGUGCCAUAUUCUCCCUGACAAGACGACAGAGUACAAGAGCGUCACAGUUGUUCGAGACAUCACAGCAGAAGAGAUGAUGGACUUCUACCUGGAUGAUCCUGUGCGGAUGAAAUGGGAUGGUAUGAUUUCUCAUCAUGAGCUCCUCCAGCAAGACUCCGUUGCCGAUCGCCAACAGAUUGUCCGAUGGAUAAGGUCCUUCCCUUUCAGUUUCAUGACAGACCGUGAGUACAUCAUUGGCAGGAAGGUGUUUCGUAAGGAGGACAGAAUCUAUGCCAUGACAAAGGCUGUGGAGCAUCCAUUGGCACCCCUGAAGGAAGGACUGAUUCGAAUGGAGGUGUACUAUUCCAUGUGGUACACUCGGAAUGUGGAGUGCCCGUGGGGCACAGACAAGAAAGCAUGUGAAGUCGUGCUGUUGCAUCACGAGAAGUUCGGAAUCCCAGAGAGGCUGUCGCGAUUUGUGGCCUGCAAGGGUAUGUGGGGAGUCAUCAAGAAAAUGGUGCCAACCAUACGAGAAUUCACCACAGAACGGAGGCGACGGUGUGAUCCGGAUGAGGCCGACGCACAGGCCUAUGGUGCCGACUGGAGCCCUGACGUUGAGUGCGAAGAUGGCACAUACUCCAGUAUCAACACACAGGGUGGCAGGGUGCGCAGGUUCCGGCCAUUCAGAGCGCUUCGCAGGGCUGUCAUGGCAGGCUUGGUCACGACGGCCAUAAUCGUUGCCAAGCACAAGUGA